AUUGAAUCCAUCAGGUUUUCACUUUUACUUUGUUGGUCCUUCAGGGUGGUGUCCAUUCUCCUGUCCCGAGUGCUCAUUCGUCAACUCAGACGAGGCGUCCGUCCAGCAGCAUAUUGAGACGAACCACUCGGGGGAAGUACAGGAAGACGCUCUGUCCGCUCCGCACCAAACAGGCCAAGCUGGACACUAUGAUUGCCCAGACUGUAACAGCAGCUACAAGUUUCAGUCCUUACUGAAAUACCAUCGGCGCGUCCACACCGGCGAGCGCCCAUACGUGUGCCCUCAGUGCGGACGCCGCUUCUCCUUCAAGCAGUCACUAGAGAGGCACAAACAGACACACAAGGAUGGGCGCAAGCAUGACUGUCUGAUCUGUGGGCAGAACUUCAAGUCCUUGUCAGCGUACACAGAGCACAAGAAGAACCACAUGGAGAACGGUGUGUAUCGGUGUUCGGAAUGCGACCGGCGGUUCUCCUGGAAGUCUGCGCUGGUAAGACACCUCCGGACUCACACGGAGAAYGCCACCGAGGCUGAGCUCUCUUACAAAUGCCCAAGGUGUGACUUGGGAUUCAGCAGUAGUACRUACCUUAACAGGCACCUGCUCACACACCAAGAGGAGAGGUUGCAUGUCUGCAGCUGUGGCAAGAACUUUGCCUACAAGGCUGCUCUGACCGCACACCAGCGCACCCACCUGAAAGAGAGGCCACAYCAGUGCAAGCAGUGUGGAAAGGGUUUCCUCUACAAGGGAGGGCUGGUAAGUCACAUGAAGAUCCACUCUGAAGAAAUGCCUUUCAUGUGCUCAUUCUGUGGGAAGAGCUUCAAGAGGGAGAGGAACAUGAAGAAACACGAACGCUGCCACACCAGAGAGAACGUGUUCAGCUGCUCGCAGUGCGACAAGACCUUUGUGUACAAGGCCACACUGACCAGGCACGAGCUAACCCACUCGGGGGAGAGACCGUUCCUGUGCUCCGAUUGUGGSAAAGGGUUUUUCUCCCAUGCGGAGCUUCUAAAGCAUGAGCGCUUCCACACGGGCCACAAGCCGUUCCAGUGCUCCCACUGCGGGAAGCAGUUCACCCAGUCCUGCUACCUGACCAUUCACCUGCGCUACCACACAGGGGUACGGCCUUACUCCUGCACCCAUUGUGACAAGAGCUUUCUCAGCGCCAACCGUCUAAAGAGACACCUGAGAACCCACACAGGAGAGAAACCCUACCUGUGUUCAGAGUGUGGCAAAGGGUUCAAACAGUCAUAUCACCUCAAGAUGCACCAGCAGACUCAUGCCACUAAGAUUUACUGAGGCAUGAUUGUGUCUCUGUCCAGACUUCAGUCAAAUGAUUUGGUAGAAUGUAAUGGUGAGUUAGCUGUCGACUGUGUAGACAACCAGGAGUGUUAAAAUAUAAAUACUGAAUAAAAAUAUAAAUUCAAUAUGCAACAUA